GUUUUGUGUUUUGCCAGAGUUGUCUGUUGCUUUCAUGUUGAUGUCAUACUUGUUAGGUUAAUAAGAAUUUUUUAAGAAAAUUUCAAAUUUCAUAAUUUAAACUACAUAAAUGCUGUAUGUGUUUGGUAACUUAAUGAUAUAAUUUUAUUUUUGUUUCUAAAAUCAUAUUCAUAGGUAAACUUCUAAAAGAGCCACAAGAAAUAUAGGAUGAGGCGCAGAGCUGGAGUCGGUGCUAUCCAAAAACAAAAACUAGAACAAGAAAAAUAUAAGGACAAAGGGACAGAAAUACAAGAAAACCAGCUUGAGCAAAUGUCCAAACAGUUAGAAGUUUUCAGAACUAAUUUAGAAGAGUUUGCAGCAAAACAUAAAAAUGAAAUCAAGAAGAAUUCCACAUUCCGACGUCAGUUUCAAGAAAUGUGUGCCUCAAUAGGAGUUGACCCUUUGGCUUCAGGCAAGGGUUUCUGGUCAGUGCUCGGUAUUGGUGACUUUUAUUAUGAACUCGGUGUGCAAGUAGUAGAGGUGUGUCUUGCUACAAAUGACAAAAAUGGAGGACUUAUAAGUUUAGAAGAAGUUCGACAGAGACUGAUUAAAGCUCGGGGAAAAAGUCAACAUCAUCAGGAAAUAACAAUUGAAGAUCUUCUUUGCGCGGCUAGAAAGUUGAAAAUAUUUGGAAAUGGUUUCACAGUUGUCCCAGUUGGCAAGGGACAAUAUCUGGUACAAUCUGUACCAGGAGAGCUCAGUAUGGACCACACUGCUGUGUUACAACAGGCGGCAAAUUUGGGCUGCGGUUUUGUGUCUGUCACAACACUGAAGGACAAGUUGGGCUGGGAGAGUGACAGGAGUCUCAAAGCCCUCAAUCACAUGAUCAAGGAGGGGCUCGCAUGGAUAGAUACUCAAAGUCCAGAAACACUUUACUACUUUCCUAGUUUAUUUUCUGCUUGUAUAACUUCUGAAGCUCUAUCCUCAACUGUUGCUCAAUAAAAGAUUUAUUUAUAUUGUUAUGUUUUAAGCCUUAGAUUAUAUUCUGUGUUUUUCAAUUGUCA